CGGUGAGCGCCGGGAAGGCCCGCUGCUGCGGGGCGGGUUUACAGCCGGAGUCUCCUCUGGAGAAAGUCAGAACUUGCCUGCACGCUUUCCCGUGUAACGCAGUGUAGGGAGCCUGCUGCUGCAGGGCUUGGAGCCCCUGCGGUUCUGUGAUCCUGACAGAACGGCCUUUCUCUGUUCACCGCGGGACUCCAUCACGGAGCAGCGCCGUUCCUGACAUCUGGGCUGUGGCUUUGUGAGAGGAGCGCAGUACGCGGGCACAGCGUCACCAGCAUGAUUUCUGCAAGCAGUAGGCUGCAAAUCAGAAGGCUUAUUCACUUUCCCUGCAAUGUCCAGACAGAUCUCCACAUUUCAUCUUGUGGAACACAAGGAAAAAGUUAACGUUCAGUGAACAUUCCCUGUAAUUUUUGAUGGAAGAAAUUCCUCCAUCACCCCACAGCAUGGAUGCAGACGCUCUACAGAAGCUUAUUCAUUUGCUCAAGGCCACAGAUGAUCCAUUAAUUCAGGAGCAAGCUUUAAUCACUCUCAGUAACAGUGCUGCCUUCUCUGUAAAUCAAGAUAUAAUUCGAAAUUUGGAUGGCCUUUCUGUAAUUGGAGGGAUGCUCUUGGAUUGUGUUCCCACAGUUAAAGAAAAAGCACUAAAUGCACUUAAUAAUUUGAGUAUGAAUAUUAAAAAUCAGGAAGAGAUACAGGUAUAUAUUAUGCAAGUUUGUAAGAACAUUGAAUCAGCUCCUCUGAACUCUGAUCUGCAGCUAGCUGGACUCCGAUUGUUGACAAAUAUGUCUGUUACCAAUGACUAUCAUUAUAAGAUGAUAAACAAGAUUCCAUGCUUUCUUCAUUUGCUUUCAGAAGGAUCUGAAAGGACACAGAUACAAGUUUUGAAAGUCCUUGUGAACUUGUCUGCAAACCCAGCCACAACAAGACACUUUCUUAAAGCUCAAGUGCCAUCGCUGUUGUUACUCUUUGACAACUGUAUAAACACAGAUAUUCUGCUCAGAGCCCUGGUAUUUGCAGCAAAUUUGAAAAAGAACAUGAACAGUGAAGAUGGCAUCAUGAUGGAGGAUGAAUACAGUGAAGACUCCGUUUUCUCUAUACUCUGCAGGGAUUCUACUGCAUUUGCUCAGAAGCUGGCAUCUUUACUGCAUCACCCUGACACAGAUGUGAAAGAGCAAGUUGUGAGACUACUAACACAGUAGUAAUUUACUAGUGACUGAAAAAUGUCUAAUCUUAAGAUUAGAUAUUAAAAAAAUGUUGAAUAUUGCUAUUGUACUUGGCAAUCAAUCACAAGAGACUCUAUAUUAAACACAUUGUGGAGUAUAACAGAUUUCUUGUAAAAAGCAAGAUAAGAAACAGGUUACUUAGCACUGAGAAACCACUAUACAACUGGUAUAUGUAAACAGAGGGAGGCACAUUUUAAAGCAUGAAUCUUUUACAUGUACAGUGAACAUUUUUAAUUCAUGAAUAAAGUCUAUCUACAUUCUUAAGGCUAGAAUUUUUGUGCCUUAGAUAUUUACAGCUGUUGAAUAAGCAUCUAUAUAAUGAUGCAUUAAAGAUUCAGCAAUCA